AUGCUUUCAUUACUUUUUUCCAUUUCCAAAAGUCAACAAGAGAAAGGUAUUUUCCAAAGAGUUUUCCAUGAUAAAGUAAUUGACAUUGACGUCAGUGGAUCAUCAAAACAGUACAUUAACAGCAGUUUACAGUUAACAAAACCAGAAUAUGCAAUUUAUCCUUGGAAUAAGGAUUAUGAUUGGUGCUCCAAUUGUGGAAAAACAUACGAUGAUCAUCCCUAUAUAACAUUUUCCAUUAAAAAUAAGAAGAUGAAGAUAGAUGGUUAUUAUGUCCGUGCAGGAUGCUGUUACGGGGGAUGCUGCUGCGAAGAUGAUUCAUACUGCGUAUAUUGCUGCCUAUACAGCUGGUCAUUGCAGAUCUCCGACGACAACAAAACUUGGAAAGACAUUCAUCACAUAGAGAAAGACAGCGAAAUGAAGUAUUGCCGUGAGAAAUCUUACAAGCUCGACAAGACUUAUACAGCCAGAUACUUCCGCGUGUUCCAAACAAGUGCCUGCCCUGGAGAACCUCCUUGCCUCGCAAUCAACAAAUUUGACUUAAUUGGAGACGUUGUUGCAAAUGAUGACAUUAACGAUGUACAAGAAGAUUUCGUUUCUUUCCACGACGACGAUGAAGAUAUCAGCAUAAUCGGACAUAUCGGCAAGAAUGCUAAGAUUUAA